AUGCUCGCAAAGAGGCUGCUCCCAACCGCGCGUGGAUCGCAGAACCUUGCCACGUACAACCUGCUCAGGACAACAUGGCUAAUCGCCUGGGCAAGGAAACUCUACUCGCACGAACGGAGCAGCAAUUUUGGCAAAAAAAAAGCGCAAAAUGGGACUAAACAAAUCAGGAAGGGAGACAUCAACUCGAUUGAACACCCCAAGGACGACAAACCAUCUAACUUUCCAAAGCGCGAUGGAGGGUCAAAAGGAAUACUCGCCAAUUUGGUAAGCAAAAAUGGAAACAAACAAAUGACAAGGGAGUUGCCCAAUUUAGUGCUUGCACUUCUGCAGGAAAAAUUCUCCCUGCAGUCAGAAAAAGAAACUCUAAUAGAUCAGUACAGACAAAUUGUGUGUGAACGUUUCGAAGGGGGAUCCCAGAAUAGUGCAGAUAAAAACGACGCCCUGAAUUUUUCGGACAUUUUUGCCACCCUGUAUUUGUGUUACGUGGAAAAAAUAUUCGACUUGGACUUCGUGACCAAAGUGAAUUCCGCGCUGGAAGUGCUGCUCAGCGGGGUGGGCGGCAAAGGAGAUCAAAUGGAUCAGAGGGGUAAUCGCGGUUAUCGUGGCGAUCGCGUUGAGGGUGAGAAAGACGGGCUAAACGAAGCCACAAUCAACUACUGCAUGAUGAUGUUCCACUACUUAUCCUCUUUGAAUGUCAAAAAUGUAACAUUGUGCAACCAGGUGAGAAACUAUAUCGUAAACAACGAGGUGCCCCCCCUGGUGAUCUACCAUUACCUGGAAUGCCUCAGCCUGCUAGCCGACUCCACCGACAGAAGCGGCAAGCAUAGUCUGCGCGAUUAUGUUUUGCCCGUCGUAGAAAUCUUCUUGGAGAACUUUUACAACUUCAACAAUUAUCUUUUGCUGCGCAUUUUGCACUUUCUACAUAAACUGAACUUUAUGGACGCAGAACUGUUUCUGCUGCUGACAAGGAAGAUAAAUAAAAAUGUGUAUCUAGAGAAUGCCAACCGCUUUGAGUUGUGCUUGCUCGCGCGUACGUACGCCCUGUACAAGAAGGAAAACAUUACAUUUAAUAAUUACCUGUGUGAAGAUUUGAUGCGCAGCUUGACCAAGUAUGAGGACAACUUUCAGGGAGACGAGGGUGGCCCGGUUAGCAGUCAAGUUGGCAGCAAAGUUAGCGGAGAAGUUGGCAGCCAAGUUGGCACCACUCCUGAAGAGUCUUCCCCCUUGCCGCAAGAAAGCGAACUCGCCAUCCCCCCCGAUGUACUUCAAAUUGAAAACGUGAACCGACAGAACUACACCCUCUUUAGGCACCCCCUGUACAACGACGGGUUGAACUUCUACGCCUUCUUCGUUGAGGCGAAGACAAGCAACAGGGAGAAGUGCUUCGAACGGAAAAACAAUUUGAACGUGACUUUUGUAAGCGGUAAUGCUAACGAGAUGGAUCGCCAAGGGACAAGUGCACACAUGUCCGAGUGGCACAAGCUAUUCCUUUACAAUGAAUAUAAAGAGAAGGAUAUCAGAAAUGAACCAUUCGUUAAAUUGGACAAGACGAAAAAGGGAGAUCGAAAAAUGGUUGAAGCGUACAAUCAAUCAUUAGCAGAAAAUCUGCACUUCCAAUUUAGUCAUAAGAAAAUUGCACAACUGUUUGAACAGGUCAGCGAACGUAUGGAUAACGUCAAAGUGAACUUCACGGUCGAUGCGGAGGGACCCACACAAAUGGAUGAAGAAGCUAUUCACCAAUAUAGGAAAAAAAUUCUUUAUGUCGAAAAUUAUUACAUUGGUCAUAUAUUUCACCUAGUAGAUUCUUUACUAUCUUUGAAGGCACACCACAAUUGUGCCACAUUCAAAAAAAUGGAAAAUAAAAUUCUGAAUGCUAUAAAAAAUAAUGAACUGUACAUAAUUGACAAUUUUGACAGUGAGGAAAUUAAAAGUCUCUUAAUUUUCUUAUCGCAUACAAAUAGGAAUUACAAAGAGGCAUUUAUUUACGGCCUGACACAUCGAAUGGUGGAUCUGUACAUUAAUAACUUGUGUCAUCCCAGCACACUGUCCACAUUUUUUCAUUUUUUGUUGAAUUUUACAAAACACAGAGUUGUUAAGAAGAACAGAUUUAACCACACCAUAAGGAAUGUCAUAUAUAAUAGCUAUUCCUGGCUGAAUGACAAUAAAAGCUUUUUAAAUAUGACCGCUGGUAUCGAUGCGAAGAACUGGGAGGAAAAAGAAAACAGUAACACGCGUCGCGCUAUCAAAGCGAAAAAUUACUCCCUGCUCCAAGUUCUCACCAUACAUGUGUGCAAAAAUGUCUAUUUUAUGAGCCUCUCAACGCUAGCUUCCCUACUCAGAUCAAUGUCCUACUUGUCCUUCCCCGAUCCGAAUUUUUUUAAUGUAUUCAUACCUCUGUUUAUGAAACACAUGGCAGAUCUCAGCAACGUAGACAUUUUGAACAUAACUCAGGCCUACAACAAGCAGAAGAUCCAAAACAAAUAUUUCUACUACUUGCUGGCGAAGCAGUACCAGGGCAACCGUUCGGAGGAAACGAAAAAUGUCGACCAGAAGAUUAAGCUGGUUGGCUAG